AUCCUGGCUUUCUAUUUGUUUUUGCCUAAACCCUAUUUCACGUUUUGCCGCCACUCCCUCCCAUUACCAGCCACUGCACCCCGCCCUGCCGAUCGACGGCCGCCACCCCUACCCGACGCUGCACUUCCAGCUGCUGCGGUCUCAGACACCCGACGAAAUUGUCCCCGUUCCUUGCCUCUCACACUCUCUCGCCUGUCCGAGCAACCAGAGUUACUUAUCUCUGUUGUUAUUCUUUUUUCAGUGGUUUAGCCUCAAACCUGUGCCGUUGGUGAGGUCGCACCGCCCCCCCGCACUCACCGCUGCUCAUUUUUCGUACACCUAAGAGUUGCUGUGACUAAAUCUUAAUGGCUGGUAGAAAAUUGGUUCGGGAUUUAUUUCUCUCGAGACAAAGCUUGUUUUAUCAGCUUACUUCCCAAGAGAGCUCCUGUACGAGAUCACAAUUGCUCUUACCAAAUGGCUACUCCAUCAAUCGUAGAUUCAGCGUAUUCAAUGAGUUCUCAAAGAAAGUGAAAGGAGAAGCUAACAAAAACCCAGAAUUUCAACAAUCUGUCAAAGAGUGGAAGGAGAAGGCAGAAGAACUUAAAGGUGUGAAAGAAGACCUAAAAGUUAGAACAAAGCAGACAACUGAGCAGCUUUACAAGCAGGUGGAUGGCGCUUGGUCUGAGGCUGAGGCUACAGCCAGAAAGGUUUCCACGGAUGUCAAAGAGAAAAUAUCUGCUGCUACGGAGGAGGUAAAAGAAGCUUUUGGAUUCAGUCAUAAAAAAUCUUCGGGGUCUACUCGUUCCUCAACUGAUCCUGGUGCUGAUGCAAAGAAACAUGGGAGUGAGGCCCCUUCUGAAGAAGCCAAAGAUCAACAUACUGGUUCUACUGGUUCUUCCGAAACAGUAUUUGGAAAAUUUAAGUCCAGCAUUCCUUCAACAGGAAUUUCCUCGGCAUUUGAACGGUUGAAAAGCACAAAGUUAAUUGACUUAACAAAGAAGGGAUAUGAAAUUGUGAAGGAUGAGUUAAGUGGAAAACCACAUAAGAAAAAGCAUUUAGAAUAUGAGCCUUCCACCUCGCCAAAAGUUGAAAAAAGUACAAGAACCGAUGUUGUUGUUUUACCAUCAAAGCAGUCUCAUUGGAGUAAGAAGUGGGAGGCAUUCAAGGCGAAGAUGCAUGGUCAUCCCAUGUUCAAGCGUGUUACUGGUUAUAGUGAACCUGUAAUGUCAAAGGGUCAGGAGAUAGCCGAGGACAUUCGUGAAAGGUGGGAGACAAGUGAUAACCCAAUAGUUCAAAAAAUUCAGGACAUAAAUGAAAACGUCUUCCAAGAAUCAGAUGCUGCUACGUCAUUCAAGGAAAUUCGUCGUAGAGAUCCGUAUUUCUCUUUACCAGAUUUUGUAUCGGAAGUUCAAGAAGCAAUCAAACCAGUGUUAACUUCUUAUAUAAAGGGAGAUGCUGAAAUUUUGAAGAAAUACUGUAGUGGUGAGGUGAUAGAACGUUGUAAAGCAGAGCAUCAGGCUUACCAGAGCCAAGGUAUCUUCUUCGAUAACAAGAUUCUGCACAUUUCAGACGUUGAAGUGCGGGAGACCAAGAUGAUGGGAAACACUCCAAUCAUCAUUGUAGCUUUCCAAACACAGCAGGUGUACUGCGUACGCGAUGCGCAUGGAUCAAUUAAAGAAGGUGGCAAGGACACUAUCCACACAGUAUAUUAUGCAUGGGCUAUGCAAAUGUUGGAACCUGAAGAAGUUGGAGAGGGAGCUCCUCAUGCUAUUUGGAGGGUUAGGGAAAUGCAGCAGUUUGGUGUUCAAGCACUCAUCUAGUUGCCUUCUUUGUUUUCUGAUCCAAACUCUUCUACUUCACCCACCCAUGUUUAUUUCUUCUCUAUACUCCCUCUGGUUUUUGUUAGUUUCCAGAGAAAACCAAUCUAUUUAUCAAUUUUGAUUCAUAAAAAUCUGGGGAUUUGUCAAAUUUUUUAAAGGAAACCAAGCAAAUCAUUCCCAAUACUAUAACAAAUUCAAGUUUCUAAAUUUCUUUUCAACAA